CUCACUCCCCCCCCUCCUCCUCUUUGAUUCCUUUCGCAGCUCUGGCGUAAACCCUCGACAAUGGCGAGUCGCCGAUUCCUCGGCGCGCUCUCGCGCCAUUUCCGAUCCCAUAAAACCCUAAGCCUAACCCUACCCCCGCUACUUCGUCCUCUCCCCUCCCUAUCUACUCCUCCUCCUCUCUCCGCCCCUCUCCGCGGGAUCCAACCCCUUGACUCCCUCCGAUCACUCGUCACGCUACGCCGAUUCUCCUCUCGACCCCCGGCCAAAUCAUCGGAUGAGGAGGACGAAGCAGAAGAUGAUGAUGAUGAUGAUGAUGAUGAGGAGGAGGAGGAGGAGGAGGAGGAGGAGGGAGGGGAGAGCUGGGACGGGGAGGAGGAGGACGCUGAUGCGUCGAAGGGAUCGAAGUGCAUCGUCCAGAGAGGGAAAUCGGUGGAGGAGAAGGUGAAGGAAGCGGCGGAGAUAGGGUACAGAGUCGUGGGGUCGCUCGAUCCAUCGUCGGAGAAUCCCUUCAAGCCCUACGAGCCGGUCUUCGCCGUCGUCCAGAUUGGUUCUCAUCAGUUUAAGGUCAGCAAUGGGGAUUCAAUUUUUACCGAAAAGUUGAAGUUUUGUGAGGUCAAUGAUAAGUUAGUUUUAACAAAAGUUCUUAUGCUUGGUUCGAGAACUCAAACGAUUAUUGGCAGACCAAUAUUACCUGAUGCUGCUGUCCAUGCUGUUGUUGAAGAGCAUGCUUUAGAUGCGAAAGUAAUCAUAUUCAAGAAGAAAAGGAGAAAGAACUACCGUCGAACCAAGGGCCAUCGUCAGGAAUUGACUAAGUUGAGAAUCACGAAUAUUGAAGGAAUUGAUAAGUCGGAAACUAUUGCUGCUGCAGCUUAAACAUUUACAGUAAUGAUCAACCAAACAUGUCCAAUUGUGGUGUGCUCAAAGAAGUUCGAGUUCUUUGAAUCUUUGAGAAUUACUUGCUGAUGAUCUCUACAACGUGAUUGAAAGUAGUAAUAACAUUUACCAAGGUGCUUGGGAGAUGAAUGAGGAUUUUUCUUGCUCGUGUAGAGAACUAUUUGCACCCACAGUUGAUGAAAGUAAAUUUUAUUCAAGCCGCCGCAGACUCGAGAUGAACAUGAUAUCAUCUGAUGAUUUAAGUGCAAUUUUGCUGUUAUAUUUAUGUUAAACAAAUUGGGCAAACUUGAUAUUUUUAAUACAGUUUAAUGUUUGGAACUUACUAGCAGCAACAUCAACUUGGUUAGUUGACAA